AUGCUGCAGUUUGCCCGCCGGCUGGCGGAGAAAACUGCUCCCAAGGGGCUGCUCGGGGCGAGCUUCUUCCAGAAUUUUAGAGGCAAAAGCACUGCAACGGCUACCUCCGCCGCAACCCGAGGAGCAAUCUUGCGCUCUUCCGGGCCUAGACGGUUUCUCUUCACCAACUAUGAAGCUCCCGGCGCGAACCAGGGUGGCUAUCAGCAACAUGCAUACUUCUCGCAACCGAUGUACAACCUGCUCUCCUCCAAAAUCUACAUCUACUGGGUAAAAACAUGAUGGAAAUUUGAGAUACAAUUUGUUCUAGUGAGUGUUUGCGCGGAUCACGGAAGCAGAAGAGACACGAACGCGAGCCAAAAAAACUAAAACUAACCUCAGGUCGUCGUUUUCGGUGUAGGAGCCAACAUGACGUUUUUGCCGAUGCACUUUCUGGGUUUCAACACCAUGCCGCGUCGUUACAACGAAUCUGCGGACGCCUGUCAAGGUUGGAACAUUAUGUGUACGCAGGGUUCAUUAAUCGCGGUGCUCGGGGUCUGGUAUCUCAAACGGUAUUAG